AUGUGUCUUCUCAUUAUGCUUAAUUCGACUAAUUUUAAUGACUUGACUACACCAGACGAGUGUUCCUUAAUUACCUUUUUUAUGUAUUUAGGUGAGCACUUUUUGGCUGAGGAAUUGGCGACCAAGGUUCGCAUCUACUGCUUCAUUUUAACGGUUCCAGCUGCAAAGAAAGUGAAGGCUGUCCACGUGAAGGCGACCUGGGCCCGUCGAUUCGAUAAAUUCGUCUUCAUCAGCAGUGAAGACGACCCGACUUUCCCCACGUUAAAGGCUGUUGAUACGGAAUCCAGGAAACACCUGUGGCUGAAGACGCGAUUUGGAGUUAUUACCGCCUACAGAGACCACCUCAACGACUUUGACUUCUUCAUGAAGGCGGAUGACGACACUUAUGUCAUUGUUGAAAAUUUGCGUCUGCUGCUAUCAACUAAAGAUCCAAAUGUGCCUAUGCUAAUGGGACGCAAGUUUAACACCGUAAGUCCAGUUUUUUUUCCUCGUGAAAAUUUAACUGGUUCAUAUACCACUCAGGGUUAUCUAUCCUCAGAAUUGUGCAAACUUGUCUUUUAUAAACAACAAAAUGAUGCUGAUCAGUCGAAUCCAUACGGUUUUGAGAAAAGUGGCCAAAGAGACCGGAGACAAGAUCAGAUGCAGAAACAUGUCCCUCAGGGAUACACAUCCGGUGGCGCGGGUUACGUUCUCUCCCGGGCUGGCCUUAAGCUCAUUGCUGAGGGUAUGCUGAGGAAUGAAACAGGAUGUGAGCCCGCCUUUCGAGCAGAAGAUUUGCGAAUGGGACUAUGCGCGCAGGCGGUCGGUGUAAAAAUAAUCGAUAGUCUGGACGAGCACGGCAGAGAGACUUUUCAUCCCUUCAAACCGGCCACCAUGGUCAGUGAGAAGUGGUUGCGAGCCAUAAAGUGGUAUCGUCGGUAUAAUGCACAUCCGCUCACAUACGGCGUUAACUGCUGCAGUGACCAUUCAAUCUCCUUUCACUAUAUGCGUCCUGCGGAUAUGUACAUGGCGGAAUACCUUUUCUACCAUCUAUACCCCUACGGCAUAACUCGGGACUUGGAAACCUACAGAAGCGCCCUGGAGGACCGCAGCCGAAGGGGAGGUGGUUUGUAA